UCGAUUUGGUUAAUCAUGAUCACGUUCACAACCAAUUUUUCAUCUCUCUUGAUUCUCUCUCUCAUUUUCUACCAAGCUCAAACCGGCGAUGCUAACUCCAACUGCGCUCCGUCAGCCUGCGGCGCCAUUCGCAAUAUCAGCUCCCCUUUCCGCCUCAAGACCGAUCCCAACCACUGCGGCGAUCGGAAAUUUGAAUUAUCCUGCGAAGACAACAUCACCUUCCUCUACCAAAAUUCUCACCGAUAUUAUGUGAAAGACAUCAACUAUCUCAUCGCCAGAAUCAGACUGGUCGAUGCUUCCAUUGACAACCGCACUCUCUGCUCUUUCCCCAAUUACACUUUCUUCACCGAUUCCGAUUCUCCUUACCGAACCGUUUCUGCUCAUAGCGCGCCAUAUGGUGGUUAUGUUGCCUGGCCUAUCAAUUUCAUAAGCUGCCGGAAUCCAAAUCCCUCGACCAAUUCUUCCAAUUUUACUGAGAUUCACACUCAAUGCGCCUCUAAUUCUUCCCAAUCCACAUUUGAUUACAUCAAGGUCGGCAGGGUGAGAGCCUCGGAGGUGCCGCACAUGUGCAGUGUUGAUCUGAUGGCCUUCACGUCUUGGGAAUUUAGGGAUUUAAGCAACGUAUCGCUUUCGGAAAUUCACGAAUCUCUUUUGUACGGAUUUGAACUCUACGUGUGUUCGUGGUGGUGGUGCAGCGAAAGAACAACCACAAAUUGGGAGAAAUUCACAAAUUGGUUAUUAGGAACUAAUGGGCUUCUUCUCCUAAUUCCUUUGGCAAUUCUAGUAUUUUUAAUUGCAGGGGUAAGCCUCCCAGUGACGAUUAUCAUCGGACUAAUCGGUGUUUUAGUACUCUCAUUGACUACCUUUCCGGAGUACUGGCCAUACUACUUCACUUACUAUUUAUUUCCUAAUGGAGUUCGAAUUGGAUCUGAUUUCGUGAUCAUUGCGCUUCUCGUGCUUUCUCUCGUCAUUGUAGUUUGGUUUACUGCAGCAGUAAACAUCCUUGUGGCGAUCACAGUGGGAUUUGCCGGUGCUUUGGUUCUGUCAUUUGUUUUGAUGGAAAACUUUACCUAUUCAUUUGGAGCGGGUGUGGCACCUAAAUUCAUAUUCACUGGUGUCAUCUCAAGUAUGAUCAUAUGUGCACCAAGGAUCAUCAUUGGUCCUUUUGCUGUGUGGUUUCUGAUUUACAAAUUCUGAAGAAGGCGUUAUUCCACAUAUGAUGCUAUAGAAAGCUACCUACAAGGCGAUAACAAACUCGUGCCAAUAAGGUACUCGUAUUCGGAUCUAAAAAGGAUGACUAAAGGUUUCC